UUUAACUACAUUUAGGGCCCCAAAUUCGAAAAGCAGUAAAAAAAACCUCCAACAAUCGCCGCCGCUUCAAUGACGUCAUUGCAGGAGAAAGAACUUGAGAAAGAAACAUCGCAAAAUUUCGAGUCAGGAGAUGCAGAAAUCUCCGGAUCUGCUGCCGGAGACGUGGCUGCAAUUGAGAGUCAUCAGGAACAGCCUUCCUCAGUUCCAAUAAAUACCCUUGUGCAGACAGACCCUUCAGGAUUAGCAUUAAAGGAAAAUUCCCAGGAAGAGAAUGGAGAUAAGGAAAGGAGAGAACAGGAACUCUCCAAAACGACUGUUGCUGAUACAAAAUGUACUAUAGAAGAUAACAUCCUGGAAACAAUUGAUUUACUAACAGAUUCUGAGGAUGAUGAUGUAGAGCAUUUAUUCAAAUUGAUGUGAAAACUG